AUGUCUGAAGUUAAAGAGAAAGAAGGAAAAUGGACGCAGGACAAUGUGAAAGGGACUUUGAAAAUGCUUCUCUAAAGAGAAAAUUACUACAAGGCAGAUCGCUGAAGCUUCCCACCGUUCCAAGAGAAAGAAAAUCAGUUAUUUUGCUAUCUGUGAUAUUUGUUCGAAUAAAAAUUUUGUUCCAUUUAAAUGUUUUUUUCAUUGAUAUUGUUAACUAUAUAAAUCUUAAAAUCUGGUAUUCAAGUAGAUUUCUGAUACGGGAUGACAAUUUUUCGCACGUUGCGAAUCACGACUUCUCCAUUUGUGCAAACUAAUCCUUAAAAUAUAAAAUUUGAAGAAAAUAAUUACUCUCUUAUUCCUGCUGUAAAUUUCUUUCUUUAAAGUUUGAUUUUUGUCAACCAAGAAUUGAUCAAGUAUGUGUAGGCUGGCCAUUGAAAAACUGAAAAGUUUGAAAAAAAUCAUAACUUGUUCCAAUCUUUUUUAUUUUUAGUUUUUCACGCAUAAUAUUGAAAAAGAUACAUUAAUUAUAUUUCCAAAUAAAAUAAUAAAAAGUUUAAAAAAAAGUUUAAAAAAAAGAAUAUCUGUCUGUAAAAGUUAUUUUUGUUUAAUCUCUUGCGCUGGAAUGACGUGUCCGCGCGUCUUUUGUAAUUCCCAAGUUGCAAUAUUUUUUCAGUUUUAAGUAUAUUUACAUAUAAACCCAGGCAAAACAAAUAAUAAAUUUAUUACUUCUUAGUAAUAAUUUCUAUCCAGUGAUAUCAUACCGACGAGUUCAAAAAGAAAGCGGCGGAUUAUUGUGUACGGUUUGGUCACUCGUUAUGGUCCGCAAACCAGUUGCCAGCGCAAGGGAUACCUUCCCUCGUGGCACGCAUAUUUUCGUUACUUCUUCGGCAACUGAGAUUUGCGAAAUAGAUUUAAGUAGAAGUGAAAGUGUUGACGGUGACGCACGUGAAUCAAUCGUGACAUAAUUCGGAUCUUACAUAGUGUGUUUACAUAGUGUGUGACCCGUUGCGAAUUGCCGAGUCCUUAUUUCGUACGACGUGGAACCUGUUUCCACGAGCGUUCGCUGACACUACAUACCGGGUGAGACAUUUAAAAGAUUGAUUGCAUCAAAAAAAUAUUUCAGACGAAAGUUUGAGCGGUUUCGAGAGAGGAGUAUUGAUGUAACUGAUUAUUCAGUUGAUGCGUAAAAGGCUUUUCGAAGGUCAAGUUUGCUUUCUUGAAAAAAAAUUGAAAAAUAUAAUACGAUUUUACUAUUUUACGAAGAAACAAACUUGACUUUCAAACGUCUUCCAUGACCAAAUUACAUCAAUUAAUGCUUCUUUCAGAAUCAUUUCACUUUUGUCUAAAAUGUUUCUAAAUACAAUUAAUCGUUUCGAAAAUAUUUCAGCUUCUAGUUUCGUGGAUGACUCACCCUAUAUAUAAUAAAAGUUACCAAAAAUUGUCAAAUAAAAUUAAUUUAAGUUCAACUAGAGUAA